GGCGAAGCUUUGUGUCUUGGUGGGUGGGGGGACGAUCCGGGCGCGAGGGCUCCCGAGGAGGCUGCCGGCCGGGGUCUCCGCCCGCCCCCGGCACCCCUCCUACCGCGCCGCGGUCUUGGCUGGAGUUGCAGACCUGCCUGUUGGGGGUUUUCCACGGGUUUUCCACACCCGUUGAGGGAAUCGGUCUCAGAAGGAAUUUCUUUUUUUUUUUGGCCGCAGUUUGGUUGUGCUGGGCAUUUCCCCCUCCCCUUCUCUCCACCACACACUGGUGAGAGGUCUUGGCGACCGUGGCACAGGCCGAAGGCUGAGGGCUGAGAUGGCGGGGCUGGUGGCCGCGGACCGGAGGGGAGGGACGCGGGGAGGAAGGAGUUUUGCUCAAGUUCGCAGUCUGCGUCGCGGAGCUGGUCAGGCGGGGAGGGUCGGCUGCGCGCCCUGUCCUGCUCCGGGCCACCGGUGGGAAACUUCCCUAGAGCGCAGCCUCCCGGGGGACUCGGCGCCCCCGACGCCUCGGGCGCUCACUCCGGCCGCCUGGGCCCCGCCUCGCCGCCCGCGAGCACCGAGGUCGCGCUCUCCCCGCCCCCGCCUUCCUCCUCCCCCGGCGGCUUCCGGAUCUGGACCGGGCAGGAGGAGCGGCUCCGAACACUUCCCCCGGAGACCCCUCCCCACUGGCUGCGAUAGUCCCCUGCCCUGGCACCCCCGCUUCGCGCGCGCCCCAGUGGCCAGGCUGACAAUGAAACCUCGCGCCUGUGCGGUUGUGGGGAGAGGUGGAGGGGUGCCUUCUCAGGACCUCCCUCUGAGCCCAGAGAAGGUGCUGCAGUGGGAGAGCCUGGGAAAGCUGGUGCAGCCGGAGCCUAUGGCCUCGUGGGGGGACUCUCCCCACUCCUGCAGCCGCACCGUGAAGGUGAGAGCCGGACCUGGCCACAAUGGACACUGGGCUUUGGCUGGACAGACACAGGGAUGAAUGAACCAGUAAUGAAUGAAUGAAUAAAUGAAUGGAAAGGGAAAGUUUCUCAAUUGGAGGUGUUCAUUUUUUUAAAAUGAUUUUUCAAUAUUUAUGUUUUAAAAUAUGA